CUGAGAUUUGAGCAACAGAGAGUCUCAAACCCAAAAAAAAGAAACAAGGAAUUGAAUCUCAAAGCUUGCGAGGAAGCAAGCGAGCGUUGAUGAGAGAAGAAGCAGCGGCGUGAAACAGCAAUGGCGUCGCAAAAAGUGGAGCAGCAGCUCAAGGAGGUGGGAUCCAAGCUCGACUCGUCUCCUUCCUCCAAAGACGCUCUCGUCAAGCUCCUCAAGCAAGCUGCAUCAUGUCUUUCUGAGUUGGAUCAGUCUCCUCCCGCAACUACCUUGGAGUCAAUGCAGCCUUUUCUUAAUGCAAUAGUCAAACCAGAAUUGUUGAAGCAUCAAGAUAGAGAUGUCAAGCUUCUAGUAGCAACAUGUAUCUGUGAGAUAACCCGGAUAACUGCACCAGAAGCGCCUUAUAGUGAUGAUGUGCUAAAGGAUGUUUUUCGACUGAUUGUGGGCACUUUUAGUGGAUUGAAAGAUACAAGUGGUCCAUCAUUUGGUAGGAGAGUUGUCAUCCUGGAGACUCUUGCAAAAUAUAGGUCAUGUGUUGUAAUGUUGGACCUCGAAUGUGAUGAUCUGGUGACUGAAAUGUUCAGUACGUUUUUUGCUGUUGCCAGAGAUGAUCACCAUGAAUCUGUACUCUCAGCAAUGCAGACAAUCAUGAUUGUUCUCUUAGAAGAGAGCGAGGAUUUGCAAGACGAUCUUCUAUUUGUCAUCUUGUCUGUGUUAGGUCGGAAGAGAAGUGAUAUCACUGUGGCUGCUAGGAGACUUGCUAUGAAUGUUAUAGAACAGAGUGCGGGAAAGCUUGAAUCGGGUAUCAGACAGUUCCUUAUUUCAUCAAUGUCAGGCGACAAUAAGUCAACUGAUCAUCAGAUCGACUAUCAUGAAGUUAUCUAUGAUGUGUAUCGUUCUGCUCCCCAAAUUGUGUCAGCAGUUGUUCCUUACCUAACUGGAGAGCUACUGACUGAUCAGCUGGACACUCGUUUAAAAGCAGUUAACUUGGUGGGAGACUUAUUUUCACUGCCGGGCUCUACCAUUUCGGAACCAUUUCAGCCGAUCUUUUCAGAGUUUUUGAAGAGGUUGACUGAUAGAGUUGUUGAGGUUCGAAUGUCGGUCCUUGAACAUGUUAAGAGCUGUAUGCUGUCAAAUCCUUUCAGAGCUGAAGCUCCCGAAAUAAUCUCUGCUCUGUGUGACCGGCUGUUGGACUAUGAAGAGAAAGUUCGGAAGCAAGUUGUUGCUGUAAUUUAUGAUGUGGCAUGUCAUGACCUAAAUUCUAUUCCACUAGAAACAGUAAAACUUGUUGCCGAGCGCCUUCGAGAUAAAUCUGUACUUGUUAAAAAGUAUACCAUGGAGAGGCUAGCUGAGAUAUACAGGGUUUAUUGUGCAAAGUGCUCCGAUGGCUCAACCAUUUCCAGUGAGUUUGAGUGGAUUCCUGGGAAGAUUCUGAGAUGUAUUUAUGAUAAAGAUUUCAGAUCAGACACAAUAGAAAAUGUUCUUUGUGAAUCUCUAUUCCCAACUGAAUUCUCUAUCAAAGAUAAAGUAAAACAUUGGGUGAGGGUCUUCUCAGUAUUUGAUAAAGUUGAGGUGAAGGCACUUGAGAAGAUACUGGAGCAGAAGCAAAGGUUACUACAAGAGAUGCAGAAGUACAUGUCACUUAGGCAGGUGCAUCAGGAUGGUGAUGCUCCUGAGAUCCAAAAAAAGAUAUUGUUUUGUUUUCGCAUAAUGGCACGCUCGUUUGCUGACCCUGCAAAGGCUGAGGAAAAUUUUCAGUUUCUUGAUCAAUUGAAGGAUGCUAACAUCUGGAAGAUUUUAAUGAAUCUUGUUGAUCCAAACACUAGCUUCCAUCAAGCCCGAACUUUACGGGAUGAAUUGCUUAAAAUUUUGGGUGAAAAACACCGACUAUAUGACUUUCUUAGUACUCUCUCUGUCAAGUGUUCUUAUCUACUUUUCAACAAGGAGCAUGUGAAGGAAAUUCUUCUGGAGGUUGCCAUGCAUAGAUCUACUGCAGAUAUACAAUAUAAGCUAUCUUGUAUGAAUAUAUUAGUGAUUCUUGCUCGCUUCAGUCCAUUGCUACUCAGUGGAACAGAAGAGGAACUGGUAAAUUUUCUCAAAGAUGACGAUGAAGCUAUAAAAGAAGGAGUUUUGAAUGUUUUAGCAAAGGCUGGUGGCACCAUCCGGGAAAAUCUUGCAGCAUUAUCAAGUUCGAUAGACCUUAUAUUGGAGAGGUUGUGUUUGGAGGGCAGUAGAAGACAGGCAAAAUAUGCUGUACAUGCCUUGGCGGCAAUAACAAAGGAUGAUGGGCUUAAAUCACUUUCUGUUUUGUACAAGAGGCUUGUGGAUAUGCUGGAGGAGAAGACACAUUUGCCUGCUGUACUACAAUCGCUGGGGUGUAUAGCUGAGACUGCAAUGCCAGUCUUUGAAACUAGAGAAAGUGAAAUUGAAAAGUUUAUAACAGAGAAGAUCCUAAAAAGCAAUGAUAAACCAGGUGAUAAUAAGAAGGCAUCUUGGGAUGACAAAAGUGAGCUUUGUGCCUUAAAGAUAUACGGAAUCAAGACAUUAGUGAAGAGCUACUUGCCUGUAAAAGAUGCUCAGGUUCGCCCCGGCAUUGAUGGUCUGUUGGAAAUCUUAAGAAACACACUUUCUUGUGGAGAAAUAUCCAAAGACAUAGAAUCAAGUUCAAUUGACAAGGCACAUUUAAGGCUCGCUUCUGCAAAAGCCGUUCUCCGUCUUUCAAAGCACUGGAAUCAUAAGAUACCUGUUGAUGUCUUCCACUUAACCUUGAAGGUUUCAGAGAUUAGCUUCCCUCAAGCAAGGAGACUAUUCCUUAACAAAGUUCAUCAAUACAUAAAGGACCGCCUUUUGGAUGCAAAAUACACUUGUGCUUUCUUUUUCAACAUGUUUGGAUUGAAGUCAGCAGAAUUUCAAGAGGAGAAACAGAAUUUAGCUGACAUUAUUCAAAUGUAUCACCAAACGAAGGCUCGACAUCUCUCAAUUCAGUCUGAUGCUAAUUCCUUGACUGCUUAUCCGGAGUACAUCCUCCCAUACUUGGUUCAUGUGCUUGCUCAUCAUUGUUGUCCUAAUAUUGAUGACUCCAAGGAUGAUGUCAAAGCUUUUGAGCCAAUAUACAGGCAAUUGCACUUAUUUCUAUCUAUGCUGCUACAUAAAGAUGAAGAUGUCAAGUCGGAAUCAACUAGCAACAUUGAGAAGGAGGACCUUUCUGCUAUAGUUUCUAUCUUUCAAAGUAUCAAGUCCUCAGAAGAUAUAUAUGAUGUAGUGAAGUCAAAGAAUUCACAUGCUAUUUGUGACCUUGGGCUGUCAAUUACCAAACGCUUAGCCCCAAAGGAAAUUGAUUUACAGGUGUUGACUACAUCAGUUCCCUUGCCUUCUAUGCUGUAUAAACCGUAUGAGAAGAAGGAAGGAGAUGACUCUGUGGCUAGUGAAGCACAAACGUGGCUGGCUGAUGACAGUGUGCUGGCUCACUUUGAAUCUCUUAAAUUAGAUACUACUGAAACGGAUAUUUCCGUAAUUGCUGAGGAUGAAGUGCUGAUUGAUGGCGAAAAAGAUGGAAAGGAAGUGCCUUUGGGAAAAAUAAUAAAGCAUUUGAAGUCUCAGAAGAACAAGGCUAAAAAAGAGAACAAAAACAAGGUUUCAUCUGCUAAUCCAGAGAAGGCUGAGAAUGAUGUUGAUAUCUUAAAUAUGGUGCGGGAGAUCAAUUUGGAUAACUUGGGAGAAUCAAGUAAGUUUGAAUCAAGUAAUGGUCACGAAAAUUUGCCAAGCAGGAAAUCAAGAACAGAUACAAAACACCAAAAGGCUAACAAAAGAAAAACUAGUGAUGGAGCAUCUGUUGCAGUACCUAAACGGAGGAGGUCAUCCACUGCUCAUGGUGCUUUCAAAUCACCCAGAAGUACUUCAAAGUCUCCUUUAAGUGCCUCACUGGAUGAUUCACUCAAUAGAAAAUUGGGUGAAAGCACUGAGUCAGCUUUGUUGGUAUCAUGCAUCCGGAAGAAUGCUACCUCCUCAUCAAAACGUAAAAGCAGAGGUUCAGAUCCUGUUCUUCAUGAUGAGGAAAAUGAAGUUGGAGCAGACAGUGACCAUGAUGAGCCUGAUGUGCUUGAGGCUGGCAAAAAUGACCCGAAUAGCGGGUACCAGUCUCCCACAGGACCUAUCAAGAAGCGGAAAAAAAAGAGCAUGUCAGGAUCCACAAAGUCCAAAUUCAAGGAAGGUGGAAAAGAUAUCGAAGAUUUGAUCGGUUGCAGAAUAAAAGUUUGGUGGCCUAUGGAUAAAGCAUUUUAUGAAGGGACGGUGAAGUCUUAUGAUACUCUAAAGAGAAAGCAUGUGGUACUUUAUGCGGAUGGUGAUGUAGAAGUGCUUCGGCUAGAAAAUGAACGGUGGGAGCUCAUUGACAAUGGCCGCAAGCCCACAAAGAAGUCCAAUUCUUCAAAGAAAUCCCCUUCAAAAGAAGUGUCGCCUGGUCAAAAAAGUAAAAGUGCGGGUAGUUCUCGUAAGAGCAAGAAAUUGACUAAAACAGUCAAGGGGAAAAGAACACCGAGUAAAAUAUUGGACGGGAAAAGGGGCAGAUCGAAGAGAAAACAGUGGGGAAGUAGGGAAAGAGAGAGUUCUGAUGUGUCGAAUAUCGAGCCUAAUUUGGUCUCUAAAGUGGAUGAAAUGAACUCAGGUAGUUCAGGUGGUGCUGAAAGAAAGGAUGCGAAUGUGUCAGAUGAGGUGGACUCUGAUAAGGAAGUGAAGUCGGUUUCCAAAGGAAAUCUGCUGGAAGGGGCAGAUUGUCCAAAUCCAAAUAUUGAGGACUCUGAUGAAGAGAUGCCUGAUUCUGAAGGGAGGCCUGCUAAAGAUAUGGACAGCAUCGGACAAGAUGCUCAAAAUAAUGGUGAUGAGAAGCUUCCUUCAGAAGAGACUGAAACAGAGGAAGUAAAUCGAGCCUCCUCAAGAGAGGGUAAUGAGGAAGACUCGUCAGAUUCUGAAGGGAAUCAAGAAAAAGAUGAUGUCCGUGGUGGCCGUACAAAACAGAAGAAACCCCAUCUACCUGUAGAGCCCUCAAGUCCUUCUGUAGCUGGGGAUCUUGAACUUUCUGACGAUGAGCCUCUUGGUAAUUUCACACUCCGUGUAGGGAAAAGAGCUUCAAAGAGCGUACGGUAAGUGGUUCGGUCACUUUUACGAGCUAGUGUAUGGGUAUGAAGAGUAUAGCGGGAUCUGUGCAGUAGACUUGUUUUGGCGUGCGCGGCACAGACAGCAAUAGAAGAUGAAAGACAUUGAAGAAUUGAAGAAUGGGAAGAAGGAGGUCUAUGUAGAAUGUAAAAAUAGCAUUAGGCAUAUCCCACUCUAGGUAGAAGAUGUUAGAGCGUGUGUAACAAGGUUGGGGUGUCCAUUUUUCAAGUGAUAAUGUGUACCAGUAGUGAUAGGAGAUGAUAGUUUUUGACGUAUGAUUGAUGGGCCGUAGUGAAAUGAUCAUAAAAUGUAGCAAGAGUGGCUCACAUGUACAGUUAUACGUGGGGAAUGAUCAUAUGCUCUCUCUGUUUGAAUUCUAAUGUGCAUGAGAACAAUACUUUUGUUUAGGUUUGAGUUUGGUUUACUAUUCUUUUGCUUGUUGAGUAACAUUUGAGUUGGUUUUCGGAACUCUGGAUAAUUGUACUGUCAAACAGGGUGUUUGGUAAACGAGUUGGCUGUGUCCAAU